UAGCCAGCGUUCAGCUUUCAGCGUCCUUUCGCUUGAUUUUGCUAAAAAUGGAAAUCAAUGCAAGCAACAUCCAGGUGCUGUUGCAAGCUGCUGAAUAUCUGGAAAGAAGAGAAAGAGAAGCGGAGCACGGCUACGCGUCAGUACAGCCAUUCUACAAUAAAGGGGUUUCUGAUAAGAGAAGCAAGCAAAAAAAUAAGAAGAGUGACGCUGACAACACCAGGUCGGUGCACAAUGAGCUGGAAAAACACAGGCGGGCUCAGUUGAAGCGGUGUCUGGAGCAGCUGAAGCAGCAGGUCCCUCUGUCCCCAGACUCAGUCAGGAACACCACGCUGAACCUUCUGAGGCGAGCUCGGCUGCAUAUCAAGAAGCUGCAGGAGCAGGACGAGCGGGCCGAGCAGCUGAAGGACCGGCUGCGCUGGGAGCAGCGCGGCCUGCGCGUGCGCCUGGAGCAGCUGCAGGGAAGCGCGGAGAGGAUGCGCAACGACAGCCUGGGGUCAGCCAUGUCGUCGGAGAGGUCUGACUCUGACAGAGAGGAUGUGGAAGUGGAUGUGGAGAGCACAGUCUUCAUGUCUUUGGAGUCUGAUGGCCUGGGAGCCACACAGACAGAGGGAGACCACAGCUACUCCACCCCUGGCCGUGCCUGGCUAUGACACCACCUUCCCUGCUGGUC